AUGUCAAUAAACUUAUUUGAUGUUCCUGGCUGGGAAUUAGGAAAAAUAGUACCUCAAAAAGAACAAACUAAUAAAAAACGAAAAGUAUCACAAGAACGAGAUAAUGAUUUGAAAAAAUCGGCGGCCAAAGGUCAAAAGUUGAAAGAACAAGUUGGGCAAAAGAAAAAGCAAGUCAAUUUAACUAAAUCAGGACAACAGAACGCAGAAAAUCCAUUUGCGAAUGCUGAUGAUUUCGAUUUAUCUGAAGAAGGUACUGAAGAAAUAAUACCACAAUCCGAAAAACCAAAGAACAAGAAACAAAAGGGAACGUUAGAAAAAAUGAAAAAGAAACUAUCUGAGGGUAAAUUCCGUUGGAUAAAUGAACAAUUAUAUACGACAACAGGAUCAAAGGCUUUAGAGAUGUUUCAAAAAGAUCCUCAAUUAUUUGAUGAGUAUCAUGAUGGAUUUCGUUCAGCAGUUGAAUCAUGGCCCAAUAAUCCUGUUGACAUUUUACUGUCAUGUCUGAAACAAAAGCCUAAAGAAAUAAUUGUCGCGGAUUUGGGUUGUGGCGAAGGUAAGAUAGGAUUGGAAGCACCAAACAAAGUGCUUUCAUUCGAUUUGAUCGCCAAACACGACAAAGUGAUUGCAUGUGAUAUUGCAAAGUUGCCAAUUCCAGAUAGCUUUUUUGAUGUCGUAAUAUUUUGUUUAUCACUUAUGGGAACUAAUUAUGUUGAGUUUCUCAAGGAAGCAUAUCGUGUAUUGAAACCAAGUGGAGAAUUAAAAAUUGCUGAGGUGGUAAGUCGGUUUUCUGAUAUUAAUUCAUUUAUCGAAGUUCUUGCCGAGUUGGGAUUUAAAUUAAUAAAGAAGGAUGAUACAAAUGUAAUGUUUAUUAUGCUUGAUUUUGUCAAAACAAAACCUCGAAAAACGAAAAAGUCAAAAUUGUAUCAUGCAAAAGAUUUAUUAAAACCAUGCGUUUAUAAAAAACGUUAA